CUCUGAAUUGCAUGCCAUUAAUUAGUCUUUGGAUUCUGUGAGAAAUUAGGAGGCAGAAAAGACCUAGUAAUUAAAGCUAAGAGUGAGAGCUUCUUCUGAAAAUAAUUGAAAUCAAAGAGUCUUACAAAUAUAUAUAACCUUGCUGUCCAAUAGAUUAACAAGUCUUGUAUACGCAAAGAAAUCCUCAAAAUCUUUCAGAAAAAGAGGGCUAGAGAGAGAAGUGAGAGAGACACAGAAGAGAGAGAGAUGGGAAGAUCUCCAUGUUGUGACAAGGCUAAUGUGAAGAAGGGACCGUGGUCACCAGAAGAAGAUGCAAAGCUAAAGAACUACAUAGAGAGUCAUGGCACUGGAGGAAAUUGGAUUGCUCUCCCACAAAAAGCUGGGCUCAAAAGAUGUGGAAAAAGUUGCAGACUGAGAUGGCUCAACUAUCUGAGACCAAACAUUAAGCAUGGAGAAUUCUCUGAUGAUGAAGAUAGAAUAAUUUGCGCCCUCUUUACCAGCAUUGGUAGCAGAUGGUCAAUUAUAGCAGCUCAUUUACCAGGCAGAACUGACAAUGAUAUAAAAAACUACUGGAACACCAAGCUCAAGAAGAAACUCAUGGAAAUGGCUCCAUUUGCUCAUCAUAAAAGGUCUUAUCAUGGUGCAAUCUGCCCAACGACAGCUAAUUCAUUUCUCCAAAAUUCAUCAGCAUAUCACUCUACAAACAACAACUAUUAUACCACUCCUCCAGCUAGGGUUUUUACUGGAGGCUUUGAAUUCAUGUCCAAUAUCCCAUCAAAUAUCUUGGAAAACACCAACAGUUUUACCACUUGUUCUUCAAAUUCUAGUACUCUUACAGCGUUCCAACCACAAGAAGGACUCGGGGCGGGGCCCGCGCAAAAUUAUCAAGUCAAAGAUAAUUACAAUAAUCUUCUCAUCUUUGGAAAUGAAGCGAGUUGCAGUUCCUCUGAUGGAAGUGGGAUUGAUGAAGAUUUAGGUUUACUAAACUAUUUUGGAAGUGGGGUCGAUGAAAAUCAGAAGUUUACUCUUCCUGCUAAUGGAUAUGCUGAUGAUCAAAACAAGGUAACAAAUGGGUGUUUUACUGAAAAUCCAUUAGAUUACAGCAUUGAGGAGAUUAAGCAGCUGAUUAGCACUAAUAACAUCUGCAAUAAUCUCAAUUAUUUUGUGGAUGAGAUCAAGACAGAAGAACAAGUCUUGUACUACUGAUCAUCAUAAUUGAUAAAUGAUUCUGACUGAAUCAGAAGAAAUUCAAGAGUAAAGUCCUGUUCAUCGGUACGUGAAGAUUCACGCAAUUAGAAGGAUUUGUGGAUUUUUAUGUAAAAACACCUUAUUGAUUUGUACUUGGUCAAAGUUUCCUUUUUGCAUUUCUUUUUGGGGACUAGUACUGUUUAUAAAUAUAUGUAUUUUUUUUUUUAAUCUUUCUGAUUUAAUUAUUCAUAGUUAUGACGGAGUUUUAUCAUCCAA